UCAUUACUUAAUUUAAAAAUUAUGCAGAAACCAAAUCAGAAGGAAGAAGGGAGAGUGAAGGAACUUAAAGAUGAGGUGAGAGGGAUGCUACGUGAUGCAAGAACUGAACCUUUGAAAGAAACAUUGAUCCUUAUCGAUUCACUCCAACGCCUUGGCUUGUCAUAUGAUUUUGAGUAUGAGAUUGAGCAGGCACUCCAAUCAAUUUACAGCACUCAAAUCAACUAUGGUGGUGGUGGUGGUGGUGGUGGUGGUGGUGGUGGUGGUGUUUACAGCACUCAAAUCAACUAUGGUGGUGGUGGUGGUGGUGGUGGUGGUGAUGAUCUCUAUAUGUGUGCUCUCUGUUUCAGACUUUUUAGGCAACAAGGCUAUCAUGUUUCUUCUGAUUCAUUUAAAAAGUUCACAGAUGAGAAAGGUGAGUUCAAGUCAGUGCUGAAAGAAAAUGCAAGAGCUUUGCUAUGCUUAUAUGAGGCAUCACAUUUAAGGGUUCAAGGGGAAGAUAUAUUGGAAGAAGCGUUGAAAUUUACAAGCAAGAACUUGAGGUCUAUGUUAGCCCAUCUAAACUCUCCUCUCUCUGAGCAAGUUAAGCACUCUCUAGAAGUACCUCUACGCAAAGGAAUGCCCAGAUUAGAGGCCAGGCACUACAUCAAUGUCUACCAAGCUGAUUUAGCAAGAAAUUCUGCUUUGUUGGAGCUAGCAAAGCUGGAUUUCAAUCUUUUACAAAGGUUGCACCAGAGAGAAAUAAGUGACAUCACAAGGUGGUGGAAAGAGAGAGAGAUUGCAGCAAAGCUACCUUUCGCGAGGGAUAGAUUGGUGGAGUGCUACUUCUGGAUAUUAGGGGUUUAUUUCGAGCCCAAGUACUCUGUUGUUAGAAGCUUUAUGACUAAAAUAAUAGCAUUAGCUUCUGUCAUAGAUGACAUUUAUGAUGUGUAUGGUACCCUUGAAGAACUUCAGUUAUUUACUGAUGCAAUAGAAAGGUGGGAAGAAGCAACUAUCAGUGAUUUACCUGAAUACAUGCAAGUUUGCUUCGAGGCACUCUCAGAGGUCAUGAAGGAAAUGGAGGACAAGAUAACGACCCAUGAGGGGAGAUCCUACCACAUAUACUAUGCAAAAGAAGGAAUGAAAGGCCUAGUUAGAGCCUACUUUGUGGAAGCAAACUGGUUUAACACCAAGUAUGUGCCUACAUUUGAGGAGUACUUGAGCAUUUCUGUGAUGAGCAGUGGUUAUCCUAUGCUGGCUGUUCAAUCCCUUGUUGGCAUUGGAAAGAUUGCAACUAAGGAAGCCCUUGAUUGGGUGCUUAAUGUUCCCAAAAUUGUGGAGUCUUGCGCACUAAUUGCUAGGCUUGUUGAUGACAUCCAAACUCACAAGGUUGAGCAAGAGAGAGGGGAUGCACCUUCGGGUGUGCAAUGCUACAUGAGGGAACACGGUGUGUCCGAGGAAGAAGCAUGUGGGAAAAUAAGAGAAAUUGUGGACAUUGCUUGGAAAGACAUCAACGAAGAACUCCAAAGCCCUAAUAGGCUCCUCCCUCUGCCUCUACUAUUACCAGCUCUUAAUCUGUCACGUAUGAUGGAAGUCAUUUAUGGACAUGGUGAUGGUUACACUAAUUCGAAAGGUCGAACCAAAGAUAUCAUCAUCUCAGUGCUUGUUAAUCCUAUCUCCGUGUAAUAAUUUUUUUUAUGUAUUGAAAUAAGACUAAAAAUAAGUAAGGCAUAAUCUAAUAAUAGUCAAAUUUUGCUUUCAAA